UUUCAUUUUAUUUUCCUAUUGUGUUUCAUCCAAAAUAAGAGAAGAGACCAUGGAGGUCAACCAUUUCAUCCUCGCCCUUAUCUCUCUCUCUUGUCUCUUCUCUGUCUCUGCUAAUGCCCCUCCACCCCUUUCCAAUGCUUCUAGCCCUGCUUCUUCAGAACUUUAUGAUAUGAUCGAGGUCAUGUCUGAAUCACCGUCACCAUUUGCAUUUGAUGGUACAACAUUGGAAAGCAUUGAUGAUUUAUUGAGCAUACUACCUGGUGGUGUUGACCCUGCCCUUCAGCAAAUCUGUGGGAACACCGAUCACCCCGUCGAAUGUAUCAUAGCAACUAUGCCAUUCCUAGAUGAGAAUGCUCCUAUUGAGCCUCUUUCUGUCCUUAAAGCUGGGAUUAAAGCAAUGGAUAACCAGACCAAAAAUGCAUUGGCGGAGGUUACAAAGCUUUCAAUGGACCCCACUACCCCUAAAACUAUUGUUCCCAUCCUUCAAACAUGCAUUGAUGUCUACAAUAGCAUUCUUAACAGUGAUCAAAAAUCCCUUGAAGCCAUCUCCAACCAUAACCUUGUUCAGUUGAGCACAGAGCUAGGCACCAAUGUGGAAAAUGUACUCGGUUGUGACAAUGCUUUCAAACAGGCUAAGCUUGAAUCUCCAAUGAAGGACAUGGAUGCAAUGCUUGCAAGUAUCAUUAGCAACACCUUGACCAUUGGUGUCGACAUGGUCCACUUUUAGAGGAACAAACGAUUAAAAGGACGACUACAAACACAUGAAGCCUAAGUGGGAUAUUAUAAUUUUAUUGUUUCAUCCUUUGAAAAGAAGCAGGAAGUAUAUAAGAACCUUAGUCACUAUUUCUUAUUGUUAAAUGAAGAUAUAAUUUGCUCAAGA